AUGAAAGGGUACCAUGUCAGCCGUAGCAUGUCCCAGCAUUCCUCCGGUGGUGGUGGAGGAGGCCCCUGUCACUGCACGCCUGAGGACUGCGAUGGCCCCGGUAGAGACUACUACCCGGGUCACAGCGAUGGCCACUAUUAUCCUUCGGGAGGUCCCGCUGAGUCUCUGGCGCUGGAGAGGCACCAUUCCCACUCCCACUCCCACUCUCACAGCCACUCUGGUGGGGGCACCUUCCCCCGCUCCCACCCCAGCCAGCACCCACCACUCCAGUCGUUUGACUCCUGCGAGGAGUGCCUCUCAUCAGGUCACGGGGGUAAGAUGCACCGCAUUCCCCCAAACCUGAUGGAUCAGUUUGAGAAGCAGGUACCCUUCCACCCUGAUGGCUUCCACACAUUGCAGUAUCAGCGCACCGCUAGUGGGGGUGCUGAGCCACGCAGCGAGAGCCCCUCGCGCAUCCGCCACCUAGUCAACUCAGUGCAGCGCCUCUUCGCCAAGUCCCAUUCCCUGGAGGCACCAUCCAAACGGGAAUACAACGGCACAAGAGGAGGAGGGGACUACCGUGGUGAGAGAGGGGGAGGCCACAGGAGUGGAGGAGAGGAGGGUGGAGGCCAUUACUCUGGCCAUCAAUCUCGGUCUACCAGGAGGAGCAAGUCUCGAGAGCGUAGUAAGAGCGGAGACUCGAGGCACGAGUCCGGAAGACGCCACCGCAGCAGGACAGCAGGAUGGUGGAGCUCUGAUGAUAACCUGGACAGCGACAGCAGCUUUCUGGUGAGCGGGGGCAGAAGGGGGUAUCCCAGUGGACACGAGAGCCUGGAUGCCGCCAUCCAGGAGCUCACCAUGAAGAAACCCAAGGAGCGAGGGGCCGUGCCCGUGCCUGGGCCUGGUCAUGGAGAGUGCAUGGCCUGUACCACAAUGGCGCUGGCUGGGAGUGAAGGAGGAGGACACCACGGGCACCACGGCCACUCCCUGAAGAGGAGCACCUGGUCAGCCAUGACAGUGAGUCAAGCCAGGGAGGUGUACCCUUCCACCAGGGGUGGAGCAGGGUACGACAAAGCCCUUGUGCCCAUUGAGAGCAAGAUGAAGGAGAGGACCUUCCACUACCUGCAGGUCCCUUCAGAAGACUGGGGAGGUGGAUACGGCGGAGGCAGCGUUACCGACAGCGGAGGGGAGAUUCCGUGCCGACGCAUGCGAAGCGGCAGCUACAUUAAGGCCAUGGGAGAUGAUGAUAGUGCUGACUCAGACACUAGCCCCAAAGCUUCACCCAAAUCCACCCUGGUAGCUCAAAGGGAUGCCUUUAGACGGUCUAUCAGCAUGGAUCAAAGGUAUUCAUGUAAGCAGUGUACAGACUCCUAUCCUAACAGCCGAACCACACCCAAAACCCACACCCGCUCCCGCAGUUACACCCGCUCCCUGACCAGCUCACAGCUGGGAGACACGUUGAACCGUCAGUUUGAAGCAGUGUGUGAGACCAUGUUCGGGGAGGUAGAAUCUCAAGCCGUCGAGGCCUUGGAUCUUCCGGGGGUGUUUCGCACUCGCAGCCACAGCUACGUCCGCGCCAUCCAGGCCGGCUGUUCCCAGGACGACGACUGCCUCUCUGUCUUCUCCAUGUCGGGCCCCCAAGGCAGCAUCAAGGGCGGGGCCGUCUUUCCUUAUCGCAAAGGUGCUCCUCCCCCACUCCCACCUCGCAUGUCCAAGUCUUCACUCUCAGUGCGAGCCCAGAGCAGCACCGAGUCCACCCAGGAUGCUUACUUCCAGAGCAGCGGACAGUUGGCCGCAGGCUCAGGCCCCGGGCGCCCCAAACAGCACAGCAACUCCGUGGACCUGGGCGGCUCUGAUGGGCCCUCGGGUCGCUCCUCCAGAGGCGGCUACUACAUCGCCACGGGGCCUGGACGUUCUCGGCAACACAGUAACUCGGCAGAGAGCCUGGAUGGGGUCAGGGGUUCACGGGAGCUGGUGCCCUACGGAGGGGGCCCUGGAGUUGGGGUGAGGGCCAAACAUAGCAGCUCAGCUGACAGUUUGCUGGAGGGGCCACCGAGGCCAGCCAGGGAGCGGGAUGGCAGGGUUGGGGGCAGCCUGGGGAAGUCAAUCUCCCUGCCUCAGAACAGCAUUGUUUUGAGUAAAGCUGGAGGACAAGAUGAAGGACGUGAUGGGAGAAAGUGGAGGCCAUCCAUAGCUGUGCAGGUGGACAGCUCGGAGACUCUGUCAGAUUCAGACCCAGAGGGCAAAGCUCUUACGGAGGUCCACUCUAUAGGAGUCCAAGUGGAAGAUGACAAAAGACGGGCUCGUUUCAAACGCUCAAACAGCGUGACAGCAAGCGUGCAGGCCGACCUGGACCCCGAGGGCUUCCCGGGGCUCAGCAUUGCUGUGCCAACACAGGACAAGAGUCUCCAGUUUGGCUGUUCCUUCCAAAGGCACUCGUCAGAGCCAGAGUCAGCAAGCCAGUACACAGAGUGCCACCGUACCGUCCACACACAGGGACAGUGGGCCUACAGAGAGGACUUUAUCCAGAGUGGCUACACCACUGAGGUCUGUCCAGCAGACCCACGCCCCCACCAGCACCCACACUUGCCUCCACGUUCCCACUCCCCACUGCCCAUCACCUCUGAGCGGGCAUGGGCAGGGACGCCGUCCCUGGAGGGCCCUCGGAGCCUGCCUGACUCAGGUCGGGCGUCACCCUGCAUGAGAGAUGGAGAGUUCUUCUUGCGCCUGCUGCAGACAGAAGUGGAGAGGAUGGAGGGCUGGUGCCAGAACAUGGAGAGAGAGGCAGAGGAGAACGAAUUGCCAGAGGAGGUUCUCGAGCUGAUCCGUAAUGCAGUUGGCAGCGCCCAGAUGCUCAUGUCUCAGAAAGUCCAGCAGUUCUUCCGCCUCUGUCAACAAAGUGUGGACCCAUCCGCAUACCCCCAGCCCACCUCUCAGGACCUGGCAGGCUUGUGGGACCUGCUCCAGCUCAACAUAGAGGACGUCAGGGUCAAGUUUCAGGACCUCCAGAGGCUCAAGGAGUCUGGUUGGAGGCUCCCACCUGAAAAGAAGGAGGAUAAGAAGCUUCCUCCUCCCUUACCAAAGAAGCCAGCAGGCGGGGUGAGUGGCAGCCUACGGGCCGAUAGCGUCGGGGAUGUGGGGGCCGGAGGUGGGUCAGGGGGCCUGGUGGUGCCUCGUGUGGGUGGACAUACCCUACCCAUCAGGGAGAAGUCCCUGGACCUCGGGGACCGUCAGAGGACAGAAGCGAGGAGGAGGCUGCUGCAGACCAAGCGUACUGCCUCCUUCAGGCAGAACUCGGCCACGGAGAGUGCCGACAGCAUCGAGAUCUACAUUCCCGAAGCCCAGACUCGACUCUGA